AUGAAUGUGGUCAAAAUCAAUGACGUCGAGUAUAAUGUUCUGGAUGGUGAUUUGAACGGUCUGGUGCACUUGCAAAACCGUAGUUGUACAUGCAGGAAGUUUGACUUGGAGCAACUCCCGUGCAAGCACGCUAUUGCGGUAUGUCGGCACUUGAAAUUGAACCCCUACUCCUUUGCCUCUUCUUAUUAUACACGAGCUACAUGGGCAGCUGCAUAUGCUGAAUCUAUUUAUCCUGUACCACCUGAAGGCACAUGGGUUAUUCCCCAAAAUUUGAAGAAGGUCAAAAUCCUCCCUCCUCUUUGUAAUGUUAUGCCGGGCCGUCGCAAAACGCAAAGAAUAGCUUCGAGAGGAGAGGAGUCCCGUCAAAAAAAAUGCUCAAGGUGUGGUGUGAAGGGCCACUACCGAAGUACAUGCAAACAAUCUGUCCCUCUCACCAACAAGCAGCACGUUGCGUAG